AUGAAUGUAAUCCACUGCAGAUGCAAAGGGGCUGACUUCACCUGCUACUCAUACGACUUCAUGUCUGCCAGCGAGAAGAUCUGCCGUCUCUCUCAUCACUCCUCAGCCACGUUGGCGCACAUUCAGGAGCCUUACCUUGAGAUCAGCAACGCCACCACGAACGAGAUGCAGUCCUGCUAUCAGGUAACGGUGGAGUGCCGUGGCGCCGAGAUGUUAGCCAGGAUCUCCACCUCGACCUUAUUCCACGGAAAGGUCUACGCGAAGGACCGGCCCAACAGCUGCGUUAUGGAUGUCAAGAACUCUACCGAAUUCGAGAUUGUUCUUCCUUACAACGACGUCAACUGUGAUGUAGUACAAGAGGGACCCGGUGCCUUCUCUACUAAUAUUGUUAUUCAGCACCACGACAUGAUCGUCACUUCCGCCGACGUUGGCCUCGCACUUCAUUGCAAAUAUGACCUUAAGAACCAAACUGUGACGAACUCGCUCAUCUCCGGCCUAGAGGUCAAGGGAGCUCUUGACACGGCUGAGUUCUUCGAGGAGACGAUCGUCGAGUCCCCAAAUGUUGUUAUGAGAGUCACCACACUGAGAGGAGACGAUAUUUUCUCAGCUCAAGUUGGAGACAACAUGGCUCUCCGAUUCGAGAUCACCGACGAGCAGAGUCCGUACGAAAUUUUCGUUAGGGAUUUGAUUGCCAUGGACGGCCAGGACAGCUCGGAAAUCCUUCUUAUCGACGAAAGAGGCUGCCCCACCGACCCUACAAUCAUGUCCUCAGUCGUGCAGAUGGGUAGCGGUUCUGUCCUCCAUGCACCUUUCCAAGCCUUCAAGUUUCCCGCGUCAGACAUCGUGCAGUUUCGGGCUCUGGUGACUCCGUGCCUUCCUCGUUGCGAGCCCGUGCAGUGCAGCGUGCAAGGGUUCGACGGCGUGCCCCGCAACGAGCUGUCGUAUGGAAGGAAGAAGAGAGAGGUUCACGAAACUGACAUUAUGGUAGCCCAAUCCGUCCGAAUCACAGACAAGUUCCAAUUCUCGGCGUCACGCCAGGAAGAAGUUGAGGUGGACCUCGCCCAAGAAACUUGCUCUUCCUUCACCGGUGUGAUAGUCGCCUGUGCCCUCUUCCUCGCGGCCCAGUUGGUGCUCCUGAUGGCGUGGAGCUACUUGUGGCACAAGAAAAGAGCCACCAAGCAAAUCGACCCUAACCCGCCCUCUUCUCUGUACUUCGGCACGACAUCCUCUCGCACCUCUUCUUCAUAUCUCACAGAUUAAGCAUCUAAGUGACACCAGUCUUCACUCAACACUUUUCUCCAGCACGCACGCACGCACACACACACACGCACACAUGCACACACACACACGCACACGCACACACACACACACACACACACGCACAC